AUGCCACUGGAAGCGAAUCAUCUUAAUAUACUUCUAUCAUUUAUUCGAUCGAUUUCCAAAGCAAGUGAUCCCGAUCAAUUGCUGGAGUAUAAUAAACGUGCAUCACAUCUACUGAAUUCUUUAAUAAAACAAGUUCGCGAUCGAACACACUCGACUCACAAGUUAUACAUUGAUCAACGACUAGAGAAUGUAGUCCUUUCAUUAGCUUAUCUAGCUGUUGAGCUUUCAGACAAAUGCAAAAUUCGAGAAGAUAUUGUCAAAGUUCUAACUGGAUUGUAUCACAAAAUACCUGUGGCUAAAUACUAUGAAGUAGCAUCAUUUAAUUAUAAGCACGCUUUGCCGCCAGCUGAAGUGUUCAGUUUUUGUCUUCAUACAUCGUUAACUGAAUUAGCAGCUACAUCGGAUGAUUCUAAAACCAGAGAUAGAAUCAUGUUUCUGGUUGCUGAUACAAUACGACAGAUCAUUGAAGGUAUACGCAAAGCAGCACAUGAUCAUUCGAAAGAGAGAUAUCAAGCGAUUUAUCGAUUUGAAGUACCAUUCCUAUUUGGAGCUUUACGAGCGAUCGGAAGGAUCUCCAUAAACGAUCAGAGCUUAGUGUCUCAAUUAUAUCCAAUCAGCUUCAUUCCUUCUACGCAUUCUAUUUACAUUGAACAACAAAUACCAAGCGAUAGUUCAACAAUCAAGACACCUACCAUUGUAUUUCGUCCAAUAAUUCCAAAAGUGUUGACGAAAAACGUUCUCUCAGCUACCAAUGAAAAUCUGCAACAGUUAUCACAUUCAAAUACUAAUCAAAUUCUUUCGAAUGGUGAACAACAGGAUUAUUCAACAGUAUAUAAUCAUCUUACAUCGACGUAUCGAUCUCUUUCGUCAGUAGAUACUACUGAUCUACCCAUGUUCGAUGAUGAUAUUCCAAUGAGUAACUUAUUCUUUUCCGUUUCUGGUUCCACCUAUCGUCGUCGGAUAUCUCAUUUAUCAAACAUAACAUCGACUCGAUUUCGUGUUUGUGUCACUGUGCCAAUUCUAGAACAUUUACAUGAAACGUUGAGGUUAAUCGACAAUCGUGUGGUAAAAUAUCUAGAUAAGGUCGCUGUGGUAGAAUAUGAUUCAAUCUGUCGAACGAACAUCUCGAUGCCAAGUUCGAAAUCUCCAACACGCCAUUUUCCCUACGCGUACUUUGGUGAUUUAUUGAUUUUAUGCAUAAUCAAAUUAUUUCGGGAUAAUCUCGAACUUCUCGGAAGAACUAAUGAACAUUUAACUGCAAUUCGCAAAUCGACCUAUCUAUUUGUUCAACAGUUAAUAGCGUCGAAAUUACUCGAUCUAGACAAUGAUGAGUACGAAAAGAUUCCUCAUCGUUAUCGAACACGUGUGGAUGCUGAUGCAGCUGCCUUGGAAUUACUUUGUUUAUCCUGUGAUGAUGAAAUAGAAGCGGAAAAGUUAUGCACCAAGUGCGCGGAAAAAUUCAGUCAGGAAUCGUUGAGUAUUAAACUUUUGGCAGCGCAAAUACCAUUACUAGUCACAUCGUUAGAAGUACUAAGUCGAUUGGCGGAAAAACAUAAAUCAUUAGCAACGUAUGUGAUUCGAGCACUAUGCGAUUUCCUUACGGAACCAUCGCCAUUACUCUAUAAAUUAUAUCGAUAUACAAGUAUGAAGAUUGAUAGUCAAGAACGUGCCUUCUUUCUUAACGAACAAGCAAAAACUUCCAAAGAGUAUCGAGCAUUUCAAAUCUUUGAAAAACUACGUGAUGCUGCCAUUGAAGGACUGUGCAGAUCAUUGUUUAUUUGUUUGGACUCAGAUCCGAAAUGUGUGGAAGCUUUACUUGUACAACUUUCGGCAAGACUAGCUUCCGGUCAUGUCAAUGAUAAUUCGAAUUGGAUGUUUAAUAUUGUGCUACUCGAUGCUGCUACGCUCAAACGCCGUUCAUCUAUUCGAUACGGCAUUAGCAAAGAAAAAUACGAAAGUUUAUUACAAACGUCAUUGGUGUCUCAUAAUACGAUACUUGCUUUGAGUCAUAUGGCUGUAACGUUGAAGGAUGUUCAACAUACUCAACAAGCUAUUCUAGCUCGAUUCCAACAACGACUUGGUGAUCCACCAUCGCCUCUGGAUAUUCUUAUCAUCAACCAAAUUGGCUGUAUGCUGAUCUCAAGCCUCCCACAAACAACUUACGAAGAAAUUAUUGGGCUUUUCACUGACAUUAUUAUCGAUUCGACUUAUCAUGUCUACGAUAAUUCGAAUACGGUGACAGCCAAUGGUCGACGUACUACCAGAUACAAACAAGCAUCAAAUGCUGUAAUCAAUGCCCUAGCUAAUGUUGCUGCUAAUAUUCAAGGUUUAUCAGAACUAAUGAAUCUACUGACCAGUAUACUUGAAUUGUUUGUUCAACUUGGUCUGAAAGCGAAAGAUGCCAGUGAAAAAUCAACGAAGAAUGCUCUUAAAGCAUCGAAUACGGCUGGUAGUCUUGGUGUGUUAAUACCGGUCAUUGCGAUUGUCAUGCGUCGUAUACCAGUGAUAGUUGAACCGACAGAACGUGUUUUUCGGUUGUUUCAACACUUUUGGUUCUAUUGUGUUCUAUUCGGUUUUGCUGAUUCUGAACGUGGUUUGUGGCCGUCGGAAUGGCACGAUUGUGUUCGACUAAUUGCAACAAAAUCGCCGACGUUAGUAGCACAAACUGGUCCAUACGUACCAUUGAAAUCGGCAAUGCCACUAAAAGCUGAAUUGAUAACCAAAGACGAUAACAAUGAAUUAAAAUCGAAAUUAAACGCCAUCUUCUCCGCUUAUCCAUCAGCAAAACCAUUUAUUGAUCGAUUUGGAUUUGAGCAAAGUGCCUAUACCUUAUCAGUUUACUAUCUCGAAACAUAUAGAGUUCGACAUUCAUUAGUACCUACAGCAUUUCAGUGCAUAUUUUCCUAUCUCGAAGAUCCAGGUUUACUAAAAGAUAAAUAUGGCUUGUGGACGUUGAUGACCGCUGUCGGCAGAAAGAGUUUCGAAAUCUAUGGUGAAGAAAUGAAAAAAAUGCCAAAAAGCCCCGAACGAAACAAAAAUCUCGAAACACAAUGCCAGUUCUUUAUGGUCAAACGAACCCACGUUCGUGCGGAAGUACGGGAUGAAGCUAAAAUCUAUCUCCAUUCAUUAUUAUCUAAAAAUGCUUUCCCACACCUAUUCUGCAGUUCAAUCGUGAUUGAGACAUUAAUGAAUAUCAUUAACAUUCUAUCUUGUUCACUGAACGAAGAUAAUCUACACAAAGUAACUGCGCAUCAUCGUGUACCAGAUACUAACUAUACGAUUCAAUUUGUUGAUACACAUGAGAAACGAUUGGAACUUUUCAAUGCAUUUGUGGAUUUUGGUCGCACAUUUGUUGAACAAGCACUAAUGAUAUCGCCAACAUUACUGAAAUCAUGUAUUCAACAAUAUAUGGUGAAAAUAAGCAAGGGCAAGAAGACCUGUGAUGCGGCUCGACAGCACAAAGGUUUACAUGUGAUGUGGGAGUAUUUGAGUACCUAUUCCAAAGCAGCCGAUGCAAAUGCAACUGCAGGAGGAAAUAAAUUAUUCUAUCGGGCUGAGUUUGCCGAUUAUAUGGUGUCAGUCGGUGAAAUCAACGGUGCUGUUGGUUUCGUUGAAGGACUUGAUCGAAAUGAUUAUCGUUCAGCAGUAGCUCAGAUUAAAGAACAAAUGGAAACUGCUAUUCAUAAACGAGUGAACUCAUUAGAUAGAUAUAAACUAUCGCAACAGCGUCGUCGGCGAAUGUCAGUUGUCGCACCGUUUAAUGACAAGGGCACGGAAUUAGAUUUCGAACAACGAAUUGCAAUCUUUGACAGUGACUUUCGCAAUGGUUUAUUUAAACUCACCGCUAUGUUAGUUCACAAUGCGGAGGAUUCAGAAGAAAACGACUGCGAAUUACAUUUCACCGCUGCCGGCAGUAUUUCUAACGGACUUAGUACACAAAAAGAAAAUGCACUUGACCGGGAUAUGGUACAUGCAAUAGUAUGGUUACCAAUAAAAAUGUUUACAACAUCCGUCAUGGAAGGCGCAGUUGAUUGUUGGUGUUGGGCCAUUACAGGUCGACCUGAACUGGAACUAUUGAUUGUCGAAGAAAUCUAUAAAGCUUGGGAGAAGAUCAUCAGUGAUCGACAUGGCUUGUACUCCAUUGACAAAGCAGAACCAUCACCAUUAGCACCAUCGGAAAAAGAAGAGUUAAAGCCGAAACCACCAUCGAUUAAUCCACAUAGAAUAUUUCUGAAAUUCAUUGAAGAACGUGUUUAUCUUUGUAUGCAUAAGGCCGAUAUUGAAAUGGAAAUGCUCGUUGAUCUCUUGCACAAGUCGUUGUCGUUAAUAUUAGAAAAUCCGAAAGCACAAAUGACGAAACAUGUGGGCGGUGUUGGUCUUCGAUUUCGAUUUUUGUAUCUUGCUUUGUAUCUGGUCCAAAGUGAUUAUUUAGCGAAUGGUGUUAGCAAACAUCUACUUCGAGAGAAGAUUUAUCAUACUGCAUUUGAUUAUUUCACUGUUCGUCAUCAUUGUCCAACUCAAGCACAUAAUGAAUUACGAAGCGAUAUUCGAACAUUGAUUCGAUUCUUUUCAUUGGUUCAUGGUGAAAAGAAAUUCUGCAAUGAUUCACCGAUGACAAUCGAUGCCAGUAGUUCAAUACAAAAUGGUUUGAAUAACGAAGCCAGUGAUGUAGCUUCCCUGUAUGGAACAGGCAAAGGAACAGCAUCAACUGGAUGGAUGAAUACGCUAGCUGGAAAUGCUGCAGUGGCACCCGGAGUCAGUGCACAAUCAACUAUAAGUCGAAAGUCUGCAACAUCGGCCAAAAAUACUGAGCGAAGUAAUGAUGCACGAAUCCUAUCGCGAGAUCUGCUGAAAAAAAGAAAUCUUCUUUUAACUUUAUUGGCAUAUGAAAUCGAACGUUUAGAAACGUUUCACAACCCGUUAGGACGACCUGAACUUCAAUUCGAUCAAGAUACACAAUCAACGUAUACCAACUGGAAAUUAUACGAUAUGAAUGGAAUAUCGAAUAAAGCUUGGCAAGAAUAUGGGCGUUUAGCGUGGUUUAUUUCACCGGAUUUAGCCAUUAGUCUUUACUAUACUAUUCCAAAAGAAUCUCUUCGUCUUGAGAUCCAGCGUCUUGUUAAAUCAUAUCCAUUGCAAGUUCGUCAUAUACCAGAAGCACUCAGCAUCUUUACACUCACUUCUGAUAAUGACCGGCAAUGCGAAACUUCGCAUAUUCUAACUUGGGCUCCAAUCAAUCCUGUUGCUGCUCUGUCCUAUUUCGCUAGUGCCCGACUCAAUCAAGUAGCGAACUCAUACACGAUUCAAUUCUCUUCCCGAAUCUUAUAUACAACGAAAUCCGAGGCAUUGAUUCUCUACAUUCCCCAAUUAGUACAAGCUGUUCGAUACGAUGAAAUGGGUUUUGUCCGUCGAUUGAUAUUGGCUUUGUCGAAAAAAUCGAAUCUGUUAGCUCACCAAUUGAUAUGGAAUAUUCGAACGAAUACAUUCAAAAACGAAGAUACACCUGAUAGUGAAAUGCAAGCCAAAUUAGAACCUAUUGCUCGCCAGAUUGAAAUUGAUUUCACACAUGAUGCUAGGAGUUUCUAUGAACGUGUUUUCGCCUUUUCUGAUCGAUUAACAAAAGUGUCUGAUACAAUCAAAAUCUAUCCGAAAGGAAAUGCACGUAAAGAAGCUUGCCUUCAAGAAUUGCGAGCACUUGGUAGUGAAGUGCCAGCGGGAGUUUAUCUUCCAUCAAAUCCUGAAGCAAUUGUUAUUUCAUUACUACCAGAAAGUGGUGCACCAAUGCAAAGUGCGGCGAAAGCACCGUAUCGCGCUACAUUCCGUGUCCAAACUGUUGGUAUCGAACAGGUUGAGCGUUGUGCUGAUCCUGAUUAUGAGCUUAUGCAAGACUUAACAAAUCAAUAUUCUCAAAUGGCAAUCUUUAAGGUUGGAGAUGAUGUUCGACAGGAUAUAUUGGCAUUGCAAUUGAUGCGUCUUUUUCAAAAUAUAUUCGAACAAGAAGGUUUAGAAUUGUAUCUCUACACCUACCGUGUUAUUGCUACAAGUCCCGGUUGCGGUGUCAUUGAAUGCGUACCGAAUUCUCGUUCUCGAGAAGAUAUUGGUAGAAAUACAGAAGUGGGCUUAUUCGAAUAUUUUCGACAUGUCUAUGGAAAAGACGACUCAAUCAAAUUUCAAACAGCACGUCGAAAUUUCGUGAUGAGUAUGGCUGCUUAUUCCAUAGCACUCUUUAUGCUUCAGAUCAAAGAUCGUCAUAAUGGCAAUAUAAUGGUUGAUGAUGACGGACAUAUCGUUCAUAUUGAUUUUGGAUUUAUGUUUGAAUCAUCACCUGGUGGCAAUAUGCGGUUCGAACCAGAUAUCAAACUAACUGCUGAAAUGAUUCUCAUCAUGGGUGAUUUAACAGCACCUGCCUUUCAAUGGUUUAAAGAAUUAUGUAUCAAAGGUUAUUUAGCUCUAAGACCGUAUCGUCAUCAUUUUAUUACCCUAGUCGCCUUGAUGCUCGAUACAGGUUUACCGUGUUUCCGUGGUCAUACAUUAGAACAAUUGAAUGCUCGUCUGAAGCCCGAUUCGAGCGAAGCAGAUGCUGGUCGUUAUAUGCACGAAAUGGCCGAUCCGGUUUAUUUAGCUUUACUUGGCUCCGCAGAAUAUUUUCGAACGAGCACACCGCCGAAUUAUCGUCUAGCUAUUCAAUGUUUACAAGCAAUUUUAACGAUCCGAUUACCGCCGUUGAUCGAAGCGAAAAUCCAUCUUUUUCUGGGAAGAUUGUAUACUCAACAUACAACAAACGUCGACAUGGCAUCCAUGCAUCUCGAUAAAGCAUGUCAUUUAGCGCAAAUGCCGGACGAUAUUAAACUCGAAAGUCUUUGUUUGUUGGCAAAGAUCUAUACAAAUCAAAAUCAACUUGCUCCAGCAAUCACAUUACUUCAACAAGCUUAUGAUCUGUCGACUCAGCAACCCUAUUGGCAUUGUCGAACUACCUUUCAGAUCAUCAAUCUUUAUCACUCGCAAGAAGAUUACAAUACUGCACUUUAUUAUGUUGAUCGAGGCAUUGAAUUCACUGCAAGAAUCAAUGCGCUAUUUUGUCAAAUUCUUUUUCAAUUGACAAAAGUUAUGUUACGCUUGUUAGUCAAAGAUUAUAUGGAUGCACAAAAUCUAUUGAAACCGUGCUUAGAUCGAAUCAAUUCAUUGCAAGGCAAUUUUACACAUAUUGAAACACUGAGAAUCUUCUAUCUGGUGUUACAUAUUUCAUGUUCUUGUUUUGGACUUGGUCAAAUUAAAUCUUCAAAGAAUUCACUGAUACAACUUCAACAAAGUAUUCAAAAUCUUGCCAGUCGACCAGAAGAAGAAGCUUAUAUCGUUACAAAUCCGUUGGAACAAUUCACUUGGUUAUCACGUGAUCAUCUAAAUGUUCUUGUUUAUUUAUUAACAGUUUUCCAUUCAAUGCUGUCAGGUCGAUUAGAAAAGGCUCUCAAAUAUGCUGAUAAAGCGCAGGCACAGAUUGAGCAAAUCAAAAGCAUGGACCACAGUCCAUUUUUACUGGCAGUAGAGAUGCUCUUCUACGAAUGUCGUAUACAAAGUCAUCUCAUAUACGGAAAUAAAUCCACAGCUAUCAAAGAAAUUAACACAUUGUGUCGACUUCAUACGGUAUCAAACCCAUUGAAUAGCAAUAUAUCGAUGCAACGAUCGCUAACCAUUCAUGCUUUAUUAGGUUUUUAUGCAACAUCAAUGAAUUUUAAUGAGGCAGCUGAAGCACAGUUUGCUACUGCUCUUCGUUCACGCUUUCCUGGCGAUAAAGAGUUCCGUUUCUCUGUUCUCGCUAAUCUGAUCAUUGUUUAUUUGCGCACGUCAAAAAUGUCGAACUUAAUUCCGAUCUUACAACAAAUCAAUAUCGAUCUGAACACAACUCAAUCAGCAAUACUUCACUCUAUUGGUAAUCUAUUAAAUGGUUUACAAAACUUAACACAAACUCGUGUGCAUGAAGCAAAAGAACUAUUCCGACGUUCUGCUAAUCUUGCUAGUAACGAAGAUUUGAACAAAAUUCUAGCAAAUACUUUUAUUGUCCUUGGUCAUAUGUUCUUCCGAAUGCAUAGCUAUCAAGAAAGUGCAAAUAUGCUUCAAUCAGCUACAACAAUAAAUCAAGCAAUUCCUGAUUAUACCGCUCAAUUGAAUACGAUGAGUUUACUUCGCGAUCUCUAUCAUAUCUGCAACGAUCCUCGUUUAGCUGAAACCAAUGAUCGUGUCAUUCAAUUGAAUGAUAGUCUUCAAAAAGAUUAUCAGUCCGCAUUAGCACUUGCCGAACAUCGUCAUCUAUUAACUUGGACUGAUGGUGCUUGCCCAAUGAUUAAUUGA